UACACCAGAGCUAAAACGAGGAGAAGCCGAGAAACUACUCGGCCGAGGGCAGAGAUGAAACACCGUCUCCGCCUUGGUCUCCGUCGCCGUCGCCGUCUCUGCCGUCUCUUCUCAUCAAUCUCGAUUCCAAGACCCAACCAAAUAUCUGUAUUCCAAACCCCCCAGAAAACAACCAUUGAUGAUGACGAAAAAUUCAUUUCUAUCUUAAACGACAUCGUGCGAGGCAAGGAGAGCUGGAAAUCCACCUUCACCAAACCCUCCAUCUCAGCUCACCUGAAGCCUCACCACGUUGAAAAAGUCCUCAUUUCCAAUCUCCACGACUCGAGGUUAGCUCUCCGCUUCUUCAAUUUCUUGGGCCUCCACAAGAAUUUCCACCACUCAACUACGUCGUUUUGUAUCCUCGUCCACUCUUUAGUUAGUUCCAAUCUUUAUUGGCCUGCCUCUUCGCUUAUACAAACCCUUUUGCAGAGAAAUUUAAAUCCCUCGUUAAUUUUUGAGCAUUUUUAUAAUUGUUAUAGAAUAUUGAGUUUUUCUUCUAGUUCGGGGUUUGAUUUGUUAAUUCAAAGUUAUGUUCAAAAUAAAAGAGCUUUGGAUAGUUUAGUGAUCGUGAAGCUGAUGAGGGAGUGUAAGUUAGUGCCUGAGAUUAGGACUUUGAAUGCAGUUUUGAAUGGUUUAAUUCGAAUUAGGCGGUUUGAGAUGGUUCUUGAGUUGUUUGAUGAUGUUAUAGGCGGACUGGGGCUUCGGCCUGAUGUAUAUAUGUGUACGGCGUUGGUUAGGAGUUUAUGUGAGUUGAGGGAUUUCAAAAGAGCUGAAGAGAUGGUGAGUUGGGUUGAAAAUGGUGGUUGUGAAUUGAAUGUUGUUAUGUAUAAUGUCUUGAUUAACGGGUUGUGUAAGAAUGGGAGAAUUUUGCGUGCAGUUGAGAUUAAGAAUUCGUUGAGCGCCAACGGCUUGGGAGCUGAUUCCAUUACAUACUGCACGCUUAUAUUGGGUUUUUCUAAAGUGCGUGAGUUUGGGGUUGCAAAGGAGUUAAUAAAUGAGAUGGUGGAGUUGGGGUUUGUUCCCAGUGAGGCUGCUGUGUCGAGUGUUGUUGAUGGGAUGAGAAGGAAUGGUGAGAUUGCAGGGGCUUACGACUUGGUUUGUAAAAUGGGGAGACUUGGGAUAGUGCCUAACUUGUUUGUAUACAAUGCUUUGAUGAAUUCUUUGUGUAAAGAUGGGAAAUUGGAUGAAGCAGAGUCACUUUUUGUGAGAAUGGAAGAAAGGGGGUUGCUUCCAAAUAAUAUAACUUAUUCUGUUAUCAUAGGCUCGCUUAGCAAAUGUGGGAAAUUGGAUACAGCAUCUAGCAUCUUGGCCAAAAUGCUUAAUGCUGGUGUAGAAGUAUCCGUGUAUCCUUAUAAUUCUUUGAUUAGCGGACAAUGCAAGUUGGGAAAAUUAAGUGCUGCAGAGUCUUUGUUUAAUGAAAUGAUCAAUAAAGGACUGACUCCGACUGUUGUAACCUAUACAUCGUUGAUAGAUGGCUACUGCAAGGAAGGAGAAGUUCACAAGGCUUUGAGGAUUUAUCAUGAAAUGACUGGAAAAGGAAUUUCACCAAAUACUUAUACCUUCACUGUGCUUAUUUCUGGCUUCUGCCAUGCAAAUCUGAUGGGGGAAGCAACUAAGUUAUUUAAUUUGAUGGUGGAAAUGAAUGUUAUUCCUAAUGAAGUUACUUAUAAUGUCUUGAUUCAGGGGCACUGCAAGGAUGGAAACACAGCAAGGGCCUUUGAGUUGCUUGUUGAGAUGGUGAAAAAGGGUCUUUUACCUGAUACAUAUACUUAUAGGCCUCUGAUAAGUGGCCUUUGUCUGGCAGGUAGAGUAACUGAAGCCAGAGAAUUCUUUGACAACAUCCAUCGGAAGCAUUGCAAGCUAAACGAGAUGUGCUUUUCUGCCCUUCUGCAUGGUUACUGUAAGGAAGGAAGGUUGAAGGAUGCACUGAAAGCCUGUCGGGAAAUGGUGGAAAGUGGAAUACACAUGGACCUUAUAUGUUAUGCUGUACUUAUAUGUGGAACUUUAAAACAGCAUGAUGCUGAUAAAUUAUUGUGUGUUAUGAAGGAGAUGCACGACCAGGGAUUGAAGCCUGAUGAUGUAAUUUACACAAGCAUGAUUGAUGCAUAUGGUAAAGCUGGAGAUGUAAAGACUGCGUUGGGAUAUUGGGACAUAAUGGUACAUGAAAACUGCAUUCCAAAUAUUGUGACGUAUACUGUAAUGAUUAAUGGUCUGUGUAAGGCAGGAUUGAUUGACAAGGCUGAGAAUCUUUGUAAAGAAAUGCUAGCUAGUGGUCUGAUUUCUAAUCAGAUUACUUAUGGUUGCUUCCUUGAUCAGCUCACUAGAGAAGGGUGCAUGGUGAAAGCAAUGGAACUACACAAUGCAAUGGUCAGAGGUUCUCUAGCAAACAUCGUCACGUACAACAUAGUAAUUCGGGGUUUAUGCAAGUUUGGCCAAAUUCAAGAAGCUGCUAAGACCUUGGCUGAAAUGAUAGACAAUGGUAUUUCACCUGAUUGCAUUAGCUAUUCGACAAUCAUGCAUGAGUACUGCAGCAGAAGGGAUUUCCAAGGAGCUUUAAGGAUAUGGGAAGCCAUGCUGAAUAGGGGUGUAAAACCUGAUAGAGUAGCUUAUAAUAUCGUCAUAUAUGGGUGCUGUAUCGCUGGUAAGAUGGCCAAAGCUUUUCAAUUGCUCGAUGAAAUGAGAAGAGGACGUGUGGAGCGAAAGCAGGCAAUAAACUUGAUUGGGAAGUUCAGUCCAGUCACAUGUGACUAGAUUUAGAUAAUACUCUGUAGUUAGAUUCACAAACGUUACCGGCCGACCUUGUGACAUUCUUUAAAAUUGCAACAUUCAAGGUCAUGUUUUUCUGGUGGACCAUGACCUAAAUGGCGCCCGAUGUCUUCAAUGCUAUGGGAUGAUGGGGAGAAAAUGUGUACAACUCUUUUUCACAUUUGUUAGUGUAGACUGGAUUCAGCAGCUAACAGCUCAAUUGCUCAAAUGGGAAGUUUUAGAAAAUUUUCUGA